AGAUUAUUUUGGAGCUCCGACAACUUCACGAUUUGGUUGCUUGAGAAUGGAGGAAAUAUGCAGAGUUUGCAUGGGAACGUCCGGAGAAUUCAGGAACAUUUUUGACGAAAGACCUACAAUGGAUAUGUGCAUUGGUGAUAUCAUAUCGCAGUGCACCGGGUACGUGGUUAAGCGAGGGGAUUCGCUACCAGAAAUCAUAUGUCCGCCUUGCCUGGAGGAUGCAAUAAGUGCCUUCAAUCUUAAGUCCACCUGUGAGCAGAGCCAUAAACUCGUUUUCGCGCUGAUAGGGGAAGACAAGGAACAAGACGAGGAUUCGCUACAUUCAGAUGACCGAACUGAGCAAUUGAAACAUCAAGAUGAUAGCAAUAAUAGUGAUAAUUGUAAACCAAAAUUCUCUCCCAGAGAGUCCCAUCUCAGUGUACGCAGCGGACCGUACACGUGUCCACACUGUUCGAAGUCAUUUAAACAGAAAUCCAAGCUCGUCGGACACAUCCGGGUCCACAUGGCGGAGCGACCAUUUAAGUGUUCUUACUGCCCGAUGUCGUUUAAACAUCUCGUAAAUCGUGCCUCUCACAGACGCUCUCAUAAAGCUAACAAACGCCAGCAAUGCUCUCAGUGCUUCAAAGUCUUCUCAAAAAAAUGCAAUCUUAGAAGACAUAUGGUUACGCACACAGAUAAACGAUCGUAUCAAUGCACCGAAUGCCCAAAAACGUUUGUGCAAAACCACCAUCUCAAGGCACACAUCCGCACGCACACUGGAGAGAGUCCAUUCAAGUGUACGCAGUGCCCUGAGGUCUUUGAAAAAAAGGCACAUCUUCGAGAACAUACCCGUACCCACACGGGGGAGCAGCCAUAUCAAUGCCCACAAUGUCUUGAUGCCUUCAUUUCACUAGCGUAUCUCAAAAUUCACAUACGAACUCACACUCGCACGCCAGAGCUACCGUUUAAGUGUCCUUACUGCACUGAGACCUUUGCCCAAGAGGGGACUCAGGCUCAGGCUCAUAUGCGUACCCAUACGGAAUGGUCAAGUCUUAACCAUAAAACUGCGUUCCCUGUUAAAAUUUCGAAGUCAUAGUUCUCCAAGAGCUACAUAGAAAAGACCCCUCUCAGCAUGAGACUGCUUUCAGUUUUCAUACUGGAGAGAAGAACGACCAAUCUAGUGCUACCACUGGGAAAGAGACCGAUGAAGAAAAACAUCAAGAUGAUAGCAAUACGAUUGAUAAUGUGUUCCCCCUUGAAGUCAUUUAAAAUGUAAUCCUAUCUCCAAAUACACAUUCUAGUUAUUAAUAUUAUUAUUUUCAAAAUAA